AUGCAACAUCCACUCUUUAGCAUUGCUUUCCUUGCCACCCUAGCCUCUGGCUAUUGGCUGCCCGAGACAGUGAACAAAGAGCAGUUCAAAACCUGCGUCGUUCCCAAGUCCACAGGCGAUGACUCCCCGACCAUCAUCUCGACAGUCAAGUCAUGCGGCAGCAACUCUCGUGUGGUCUUCAGCGCCGGCACAGAGUACAGCCUUCUCACUCCUCUGACAUUCAGCGGCCUCACCAACGUCGAGUUCUUAAUCAAUGGCAAUCUGACUCUUUCAGACGACCCAGCCGCCGUCGCCGCCGUGGUCCACAACCCCAGUGUAUACACGGGCCACUGGAUCAAAGUCUCCAAAAGCACCGGCGUCACCUUCACCGCGUCAACUUUACAGGGCGGUGGCUGGAUCAACGGUCACGGCGAUAAGUGGUGGUCUGCUGCCAAUGUCAGCAGCAACACUGGACGCCCGCAUUUGUUCUCCUUCGCCGUCACGGGCCUCCGACUCCGUGGUCUCAGGAUUCUCAACCCCGUGGCGUGGUGCUUCUCUCUGGCCGGAUCAGAUGUCUUCAUGACCGACACCGUGCUGGACGCGAGCCAAAAGACCGCCAAUGCGUUCCCGUUCAACACGGACGGCAUCGACGUCGGCGGUUCCAAUAUCGUCAUUGACGGCUGGUACAGCGUGAACGGCGACGACGUUAUCAACAUCUCCCCGCCCGCUGUCAACGUGACCAUGCGCAACAUUGUCGCGUAUGGCACGCACGGCAUCUCGGUCUCUUGCGCGGUUGGAACGGGCAGCGGAUAUCUGUUUGAAAACGCAGUGAUUCACGACUCGGUGUUUGGCGCUCGUUUCAAGGGCUCUGUGGGCACAACGUGCCAGAUUUCCAAUGUCACUUGGAGCAACAUCACUAUCACCGAAACCUCCUACCCGAUCCACUUCAUCGAGGACUACGUCGAUCAAGAAAAGGGCGCUGCUGGCAAGAACCUUUCGCUGGCGGCGUAUGCAAAGAACUUCCGAUGGGAAAACAUCAAAGCACAAACCGGCAAGAGCCUCAAGGAUGGCAGCUGCACCUCCAAUCCCUGCUGGAGUCAUACUAUCGGCGAAUCGACUGAAAAGGGACUGUACCUCAUUUGCAAAGACGCGGCCCAUUGCCAAAACUUCACCUUCAAGGACAUCACUCUCACUGGCGCUGACGGUCGUCCAGGCCAGAUGGAGUGUGUGGGACUGGAGGGAGACACCACCCUCGGCAUCCCUUGCACCAAUGGUACUUUGACCGGAGGCAAAUAG